AUGGGGCCUCCACCUCCGCCACAGCCACAGGAAAUUGCUGUUGCAAUAACCAACCAUCUGCUUGACCACCAAGACAACAUCGAUCCCCAACUACUCAUGCACGAAAUCGGUUUGACAGACCGUGUCGUCGUUCGCAUCCCAGUGAAUGACAAGUUUACAAAGGAUAUUGACAUCCCUGUUGAUAUUCCUUAUAAUGAUUUUGUCAGUCGUGUUUGCGCUUCAAUGAAUCUAAAUCCUGCAACUGCCGAGCUCGGCUGGAAGUCUAUCGACGAUGCGAAACGCGAUCCCGCUAGACAACUCACCACUGAGAACGACCUUCAAGAUGCCUUUCACGUGCUUGUAAAGGCUAAGAAGAAUACUAGAAGGGAGAAAGAAGUUGCAAUGCAGAUGGUUCAUUUGAAUCCUGUGGCUCCCAAGCCUGCGAAGAAGAAGACCGAUGGCAACAAAGCCACUGAUUUCGCGUAUGGCGAAGAACUUUGUAUCAUGAAGGGGAAGCUCAAGUGUGAGCAGCACAAUGGCCCCAACAGGUGGUGCUAUGUCAGUUCGAAUGAUCCUGCGGACCAUGUCAAGCUCGGUCUCGAAGAGGUGACCCUCUGGGCUCGAAAACUUAAAGACGACCUGACCCUCGAUCGUGCAUGUGUCCUUCCGCCAAAUUGCCUCUCCCUUGAUAAGCUCCGUGAACGUGCCACUAAGCACGCAAAUAACAAGACUGCAACAAACACCGCCCUUGGUCCGGCCGUCCAUGUUCACAACCACUUUACGAACCCCGUCGACCCAGCUGGGUUGCCAACUCCAUCACGUCGAUCCAAACGCGCACGUUCCUCUACACCAGACUCUUCCGAUGAUAGCAUGGACAUCGAAUCCCUUCCACUCACUGAGGUUCUUGCUGAUCUCAACACGAAAUAUCCCAAGCUCCACUUCGAUCAGUAUGAAGCCAUUUUGGAAAAGCACGGCAUCGUCUAUGCGGAGAGUGUUGACUGGGGAUGGCUGAGGGUGCUGUCGGGCCUUUCUUGA